AAUGACGCGCAGAAUGAGGCCCAAUGUUCGCCUCUGAAGACUUUGUUCAGAACAAAUCGGCAAUUAUUGUGAGUGUCAACGCUUCCCCAAAUCGUGCUUUCAACUCCCACGUUUUUCAACAGUGUAAAGAAAUUGGCAACAGGAAGGCAUCCCAAAUUCAACUAACGCAUUUGUUUUGGCAUCUUUGACUCUAAAACAAGCAUAAAUAUGGAAAAAAUCGAAGUAAAUUGUGAUUUUUGUUUUCAAUAUGAGCAAACUGGGCAGAUCAGUUCCAUCGAAGAUGUUACAUCUGCCGUACGAAGUAUUAUUGAAAAUCACUUUUGGUUUCCGGCCAACGAGAUCAACAAUUUGCACAUUUGUCCUGUAUGCCAUGGCAGGCUGAUAGAUUUUAAUGAUUUCUAUUGCCAAGUAGAGAGAGUUUACAAACUGCGCUUGAAGAAAAUUGCUACAGAAAACGGAUCAACCAAUGCGAUUGAUGAUGAGGUACAUGAAAUAAUAACGGCGGAUAUACUUGAAGUUAAGCUCGAAACUCCACCCCGUAAAUUUUCUGACGACGAAAGUGAUGGUGCAAAUGACAAAGAAUUUAUCAAUGAAUCUUCGGAAAAGGAAUCGAAAAAUAAAUCUACAACCAGAUACAACCGUGAUACCAGCAAAAGGACACGAAAGCGAAAUGCAGUUUCGGACGAAGAAGUACUUUUAUUCUGUAAAUUUGAGUGUCAUGUAUGCUCAGAAAACUUCAACACAUUUAAUAGGUUGAUGCGUCAUUGUAAGGAGGAUCACAGUCAGCAAGGUUACGUGGUUUGUUGUAAUCAAGAAUUCAAUCAAGUAAGACGACUAAAGUAUCACAUGCGAACUCACAUAAAUCCGGAGGCUUUUCAAUGUUCAGAAUGCAAGAAAAAUUUCGCUUCAAAAGAAAGUCUUCAACAACACAAAAUCAGUAUACAUGCUCCCUUAGAUGAGAGACAAUAUGAAUGUGACAUAUGCCUAAAAAAGUUUGCAACACGCAAUUUUCUUACCGCUCAUAGGCUGAUUCACGAAAGUAAAAAGUUUCCUUGCGAAAUAUGUAACAAAAAUUUCACGACGAAGGGAUCGUUAAAAAUUCACUUGAAAACCAUACACGAGAUAUCACCCGGCUUUAUGUGUGAUAUCUGCUCUAAACUUUUCAAAACUAAAAGCAAACUUAAGACUCAUAUAAAUGCUCAUCUAGCUAAGCAUGAAGACAAUCAACGUCUUCCUUGUACGAUUUGUGGACAGUUUAUGAAAAACAACAACUGCAUGAAGAAGCACAUGAAAAGACACAUGGAGGCAUCAAUGACUAUCACCUGUGACAUAUGCGGCAAACGAUCUCCCACUACACGCGCUCUGAAGAAGCAUAUUCAAGAGCAACACAUUGAUCAACCAACUCAUCAAUGUACGAUGUGUGAUAAAAGCUUCAAACGACCGAUUGCUUUAAGGGAACACAUGGCUACUCACACCGGCGAAAUGCUGUAUUCCUGUGAGUUUUGCGACGAGAAAUUCAACAAUUCAGGAAACAUUAGCUCCCACCGCAAGAAAGUUCACCCACAGGAAUGGCAAGAAUACCAACGAAGAAAACCCAUUUUCAGUGGUAAUCCCAAAGUGAGCCAAGAAUAAACAAAAAGCUCAAAAACUACACAGUGGUGAUCGAAAAGAAAACAGUGCCACCAAGUCCUAUGUAAAAUGCUAUUAAGUCCUGUAAAUUUGAUCCGUUCUCAAAAAAAUUAAAAUGGGAGUGUGUAUUUGAUAAAGAAAAUCAUUAUAAAAUUUGUUUUUUUUUCAAA